AUGGCGAUCCUCCCUUACAAGUUUACGGGCAAGAACCCUUACGACAUGCGGAUCCCCUGCGAGCACGGAAACCUCUGUUAUGACUUCGACGCGAUCGGCACAUACCUCAACCAGCCGGAGGUGCAGAAAGAGCUCGGCGUCAGCAAGAAAUGGGGAUCUUGCAACUACGCUGUGAACCUCCUAUUCGCACAGGCAGGCGAUUGGAUGAAAAACUACCAGGGCCUGAUUCCAGACCUUCUCGCCGAUGGUAUCAAGGUGCUAAUCUAUGCUGGCGACUGCGACUACAUUUGCAAUUGGCUUGGCAAUAUGAAAUGGACGCAGAAGCUGGACUGGCCGCACCGUGAGGAGUUCGUCGCUGCCCCCAAUAAUGACUACAAAGUGAACGGGGAGGUCAUGGCGAAGCUCAGGACCAGCAAUGGAUUCAGUUUCAUGCAAGUCUUCAAUGCAGGCCACAUGGUACCGAUGGAUCAGCCUGCAGUGGCUCUGCAGAUGGUCAAAGAUUUCACAACUGGAAGCCUGGCUGAGCAUGCAGCGGUUGAAGAUCUCCUGGUUUAA